AUGAAGAAAUAUAUCAACCAGCAGCAAUCAAUGAGGAUACCUCCUAAUAUCAAUGACAUCGCUCAUGAUCAAGAGUACAGCGGUGGAUACCCCUCACACUCCCAGUGGGACAGGCAGCCAGUGCAGAUUCCAGACACCUCGUGCUUGUAUUUCGACUCUCACUUAUCAAAGUCCCACUUUCCUCCUGGUCCCAAUUCUUCGCUUAAUACAGUGCAGUCGAAGCGUUACUUAAGGAAUUUUGAAGAAACGACCAUCAUUUUUACGCAUACUCCCUUCUUUCGAAGCAAACAUUUAACCCAAUUUUACUCACUCGCGGAACCACAAUGCUGUUCAUUGACAGCGUCGCACACCAGCAUACCGAGUCAUCUAGCUCCAGUGGCAGAUUCGACAAAUGCGAAUUGGCGAAAUCGGAAGCCCUACCCUAGAAUUGAUGCCCAUCGAAGGCAGCUCAUUCAAUACCAUCUUCGUUUGCUGUUGCAUGCUCAAUACUGUCGACGGCGAGGGCUCAAACGUUCAAUUCAAUGCAAUAAUCGACACUGCCAUACAUUGCAAAACGUGCUCAGGCAUUUGGAGCAAUGUGAUAGAGAAAAAAGUUGUUUAAUACAGCACUGCGUUUCAUCUAGAUGGUUAAUUAGGCACUGGAAGAACUGCGUAAAUCUCGACUGUCCAAUCUGUGGAGAUUUGCUACGAGAGCGUCAACAGGGAGUGAUCCCUGUGCUCACUGAAAAGAUUCAGUGUCUGCUCAACUUCACCACACGUUUCGGGUCACGAUGCAGACAGCUGGGCGAUCUUGGCGGCUGCAUCGACAAUGUCAUCGCCUCCAGCUCAAGAAACUCUUUGUUUUCCAUCAACAUUGUCCAAGUUUUAGCACAAUCCACUCUUGUACCUAAUACUGAUACCCAGCCCCCGGAACUGCCUCGUAACAUCAGUGACAAUAAAACUAAUCAGCAGCAAUCCUGUGAACUUUCUCCACACCUCCUGCAACAUGUCUCGCCAAUUCCAAGCUUAGCUGCCGAUAGGAUGACCUGGGGACGAGAUUCAAUGAGCAGCACUAUACUGAGAACGGACGACCCAGCCUUUGAUUCAGAAGUCAUCUGCGCCACUUCUCGGUCCUCGUGCAGUGUUGAACCAAUUAUUUCAUCGCUAGCUACACUGCAGAUUACGAUGGAUGCAAAAAAAACUGUUGCCAACCCAACUUCUUGGUCUUUUGCGCCACAUUUGACCAAUUCCAGUUGCUUUAAUUCCAAUUCGUCUUCACACAGCAGUUCAACUCAAGAGUUUCCCCAAAAUUCACCACAAUCACUUGAGUGGCUUUGUCAUGAUCAUACCGGUGAAGAGAAUGACCAAAAUUGCGUUUCGUGCAACAUUAUACGGAUGUCUCUUCAGCGCGUCUCCGAUUGUAGCAAAGCAGAGAACCGUCAAGAUUUAUUUUUCACGUUGUCUUCUCUAGUUUCUCCGUCGCGGAAAUCCACUCGGCAUGGGGGUUUAAAGAUAGGAUGUCAAAAAGGCGUCUGGCCAAGUGCAGUAUCUGGUCAAGUUCAGCCUACCGCUUUUCUGCCCACUAGCUCAGCACUCCCCUCAUUCCCAUAUCAACCGGCUCUUUAUCUGUCGAUUGCUAAUCGCAGCGACAAAAUAUCUUCCUCUCAAAAUAGACCGCAGCUGUUCAAGAAGCUGUUUGCAUAUAGGCUGCAGCGGGAUCGUGGUUUUCGUGAAAGAUUUAGAGCUAAAUUUGAUCCACGAAUGAACAAAUUGACAAGGUGUAUGAUCGCCAUGCGUAUUACGCCGGAGGAGGAGGUGAAGUCGUUUGCCAUGCCUACAGAUGGACGUAAUAACCUGCGACAGUUUGUAAAGGAGACUAGACAUCGGAGAAGAUACUUGUAA